AUGAAAUCUCAUUGGCACCCCACCUCCACGAUGAUGAACAAACUUGCAUUGCUACCCCUCCUUGUUGCAGGAGUUGCUGCUCAACAGUCAGGUGUCACUACAAGAUACUGGGAUUGCUGCAAGCCUAGCUGUGCAUGGACCGGAAAGGCAUCCGUGACAAAACCCGUAUUGACAUGCGAUAAAGCAGGAAACACACUCACAGAUGCCAGUGUCAAAUCUGGUUGCGACGGCGGAACCGCUUUCACCUGCACCAACAUGUCACCUUUCGCAGUCGAUAACAACACCGCGUAUGGUUUCGCUGCUGUUAAACUUGCGGGUGGUACUGAAGCUGCUUGGUGUUGUGCGUGUUAUGAGUUGACGUUUACGAGUGGGCCGGUUGCUGGGAAGAAGAUGGUCGUUCAAGCUACGAAUACGGGAGGUGACCUCGGAAGUAAUCAUUUCGAUAUUCUUAUUCCUGGAGGAGGAGUUGGUCUCUUCACUCAAGGAUGCCCAGCCCAAUUCGGUAGUUGGAACGGGGGUGCUCAGUACGGAGGUGUUUCCAGUCGUGACCAGUGCUCUCAACUUCCUGCAUCCCUCCAAGCCGGUUGCACCUUCAGAUUCGAUUGGUUCCAAGGAGCAGACAACCCUAAUGUGUCCUUCCAGCAAGUUACAUGUCCCACCCAGCUUACGAACAUAUCUGGAUGCACGCGCAAGUGA